GUCGUAAGGCAGCCGGACCAAAAGCCGGUGACAGAGAAAAUGGGGUGGGGCGUGGGGCGUGGUCUGACACACAGUGGGCGGGUCGCAGCCCGGGCCUCCAUUGGUCCGUAUGGCUCACCCCCAAGAACCAAGGGUAUGGCGCAGCGCGGCCAAACUUGGGUGACAAGGAGAAUGGGGAGGGAGAGCGGCCAGUGUUGUGGGAUGGGGUUGGGGCGGGGUCUGGUGAGUAGUAGGCGGGCUGUGGUGUUGUCUUGGGUGCUGUUCUCCAAAGCGCAACCCCCGCUAAGAGCGGGUGACAGAAGGAGGGGAGCAGUGAGCGCCCAGGCAGGGAGACGUUUGGCAAGUAGUAGGCAGGUCUGCAUUCCGGGGCACGCAGGCUCUGGCUGAACAGCCCCACGGCCUGGCAGGAUCGCUCAGCGCGGCGGAUCGCAGGAGCAGGCUAGGAGAGGCCACCAUGGCAGUAGGCAACAUCAACGAGCUGCCAGAGAACAUUCUGCUGGAACUGUUCACCCAUGUCCCCGCCCGCCAGCUGCUGCUGCGCUGCCGGCCAGUCUGCAGCCUCUGGAGGGACCUCAUUGACCUGGUGACACUCUGGAAGCGCAAGUGCCUUCAAGAGGGCUUCAUCGGUGAGGACUGGGACCAGCCUGUGGCUGACUGGAAGAUUUUCUACUUCCUGCGCAGCCUCCAGAGGAACCUCCUUCACAACCCUUGUGCUGAAGAGGGAUUUGAGUUCUGGAGCCUGGAUGUGAACGGAGGAGAUGAAUGGAAGGUGGAGGAUCUCUCCAAAGACCAGCGGAAGGAAUUCCCCAAUGACCAGGUCAAGAAAUACUUCGUGACUUCCUAUUACACCUGCCUCAAGUCCCAGGUGGUGGACCUCAAGGCCGAAGGGUACUGGGAGGAGCUGAUGGACACCACCCGGCCGGACAUCGAGGUCAAGGACUGGUUUGCAGCCAGGCCGGACUGCGGGUCCAAGUACCAGCUGUGCGUCCAACUCCUGUCGUCAGCCCACGCACCACUGGGAACCUUCCAGCCGGACCCACUGAUGAUUCAGCAGAAAAGCGAUGCCAAGUGGAGAGAGGUUUCGCACACAUUCUCCAACUAUCCGCCCGGCGUCCGCUACAUCUGGUUUCAGCACGGAGGCGUGGACACUCACUACUGGGCCGGCUGGUACGGCCCAAGAGUCACCAACAGCAGCAUUAUCAUCGGGCCCCCGCUGCCCUGAUGCCUUCUGAGCCCCAAUCCUCAGAGCCCUAAUUAGUAAACAGUCAGAAAGGGCCAAGCUUGUGAAGGGGAGGUGGAAGUCAGUCAUUCCCAGACCAUGCUGUUAGUCUUUGCCCCCCGCUGCCUCUGUGUGGAGCUUCUAAUGUCUGGACUCCCCUCCUCUCCAGCCCUCCAGCACAGCUGCUCCUCUAAGGGUGCAGUGCCUGAGGUUAGGCAAAUACAAGAGGUUUCCGUGCUUGCCUAACCUGUUUCUACUCCUAACCUCUCCCUGUUCUUAAGGGCCCUUAGAGAGGGGACAGACAACACAUCUGAAGGUUUGGGGACGGCCUGCCUUUAACGAUGCAGAUGUCAUAAGGCAGACCUGGGAUGGAAGGCUCUGCUGGCCAGGCCCAAGUCUGGUUGUCAGCUGCUUUAAGCUCUGUACUUUGGCUUUAAAGUCAGGCCUGGUACCAGAUAGGUCAGAUCAGACUGUCCUUGUCAUCAGCAAAGCCCCAAAGCCGAGGUGGGUACCAAUUGAGUGCAGGAUUCCUCAGAGGACUCCUGGAUGACAGAGAGGCAGGAUGCACCGGGAUCUUGAGAGCUGGGAUGGGGAAACAGUAGAAGGACCUGGCCAAGUUCUCUGUGGCUUGGAGAUGUUCCAGCCCCAUCUGGGAGAGCAUCAAUUCACACACUACCCCUUGAUCCCAGCAAUGUUCCAUCCCUCCUGUUACAGAGCCAAAUAAAGUGUUUCCAGCCUCCA